AAAAUACCCUCUCUCUCUGUGGGAUUCCUAAGAUGAGCAGCAGAACCAGGAAUUUCCGUCGGCGCACCGAUGACGAUGACGAUGCCAAUGGAGAAGACACCACCGUGGCAACCACCACCACCACCACGGCCAAACCAUCUUCGAAGGAUGCCGCCGCCAAGCCCAAGAAGCAGCACCAAGGYCCCAAGCUACUCAGCUUCGCCGACGAUGAAGACGAUUCCCCAGUUCGUCCUUCCUCAAAACACUCCUCCUCCGAUAGAGAGAAGUCUCGCUUCAGCAAGUCAUCCUCUUCGUCUCACAAGAUGAUUGCCUUGAAGGACCGUCUCUCCUCCUCCUCCACAUCUUCUUCUUCUCUUCCCUCCAAUGUUCAACCUCAAGCUGGUGAAUACACCAAAGAGAAACUCCGAGAACUUCAGAAGAACACGCGCACUCUCGCCAGCUCCCGACCCCCUCCAUCCGAGCCGAAACCUCCCGCUGAGCCCGUCAUAGUCUUAAAAGGCCUUGUUAAGCCUGUAUCCGCUGAAGUCGAUAAGCAAAUUGGAGAAAACAGGAGGGGAGAUGAUGAAUUAGAAGAAGAAGAAGAAGAAGAAGAAGAAGAAGAAGAAGAACAAGUGAGAGAUAGAAGCGGGGCUUCCUUCAAGAGGGACAAGGAUGACGCUGAGAACCGGCUAGCUUCAAUGGGUAUUGGAAAAUCUAGGGAUUCUUCCAGUUCUUUGAUUCCUGAUCAAGCUACCAUUGCCGCAAUUAGGGCUAAAAGAGAACGGCUCCGGCAAUCACGUGCAGCAGCGCCUGAUUUUAUCUCUUUGGAUGGAGGUAGUAACCACGGGACGGCUGAGGGAUUGAGUGACGAGGAGCCUGAAUUUCAAGGUCGGAUUGCGAUGCUUGGUGACAGGGCAAAUGGUGCAAAAAUGGGUGUUUUUGAGAGUAUAGACGCGAGAGCAAUGGGGCCCGAUUUAAAGAAUGAUGGGGAGUUUGUGGUGGAGGAUGAUGAAGAUGAGGAGGAGAAGAUUUGGGAAGAAGAACAGUUUAGGAAGGGAUUGGGGAAAAGGGUAGAUGAUGGUUCAAGUAGGGCUAACAUUAACGUUCCGGUGGUUCAAAGUCUUCAGACUGUCCAGCAACAGGCAUUUGCUUACGCGGCGCCUGUGUACCCGCAGGCACCAGCUGCAUCUGUUGGUCCGAGCAUUGGAGGGGCAUUUGGAGUUUCACGGAGUGUGGAAGUGAURUCCAUAGCUCAGCAGGCUGAGGUUGCUAGCCAAGCUCUGAAAGAGAGUGUUAGGAGACUUAAGGAAUCUCAUGGAAGAACCAUGUCAUCAAUUUCCAGAACUGACGAGAAUUUGUCUGCAUCAUUGUUGAAUAUCACUUCUCUUGAAAAUGCUCUAUCAGCUGCUGGUGAGAAGUUCAUCUUUAUGCAAAAGCUUCGUGACUUUGUUUCUGUUAUAUGYGAGUUUUUACAGCAUAAGGCACCUUUCAUAGAGGAACUUGAAGAACAAAUGCAGAAACUUCAUGAAGAGCGUGCAUCUGCUAUCACAGAAAGAAGAAGUGCUGAUAAUGCUGAUGAGAUGAUGGAGGUAGAAACAGCUGUAGGUGCAGCAAUGUCUGUAUUAAGUAAAGGUGGCAGCACUGCUGCAAUGGUUGCUGCAGCCACAAGUGCAGCACAGGCUGCAGCAGUUGCAGCAAGAGAACAAUCAAACUUACCUGUUCAACUUGAUGAAUUUGGUAGAGAUGUGAACUUACAGAAGCGUAUGGACAUGAUGAGGAGGUCUGAGGCUAGAAAACGGAGGAAAGCCCAUUCCGAGUCAAAACGAAUGUCAUCUGUUGGAGAUGAUAGCGCCUAUCACCGCAUAGAAGGAGAAUCUAGCACUGAUGAGAGUGAUAGUGAGAGUAUGGCAUACUGUUCUAACCAUGAUUUAUUGCUGCAGACUGCUGAACAAAUAUUCAGUGAUGCAUCUGAAGAAUUUUCCCAACUUUCACUGGUCAAGGAAAAAUUUGAGAUAUGGAAGAAGUGUUAUUCAUCCAGCUACCGAGAUGCUUAUAUGUCACUAAGCGCACCUGCUAUCUUCUCUCCAUAUGUCAGGCUUGAGCUUCUAAAAUGGGACCCACUUUAUGAGGAGACUGAUUUCAAUGAUAUGCAAUGGCAUUCUCUGCUGUUCAACUAUGGGUUCCCAGAAAAUGGAGAUGACUUCAACCCAGAUGAUGAUGAUGCUAACCUUGUACCUGAACUAGUUGAAAAGGUUGCACUUCCUAUUUUGCACCAUGAAAUUGCUCAUUGCUGGGACAUGCUUAGUACAAAGGAGACAAGGAAUGCAGUUUCUGCUACAAAUUUGGUGAUUAAUUAUGUCCCAGCAUCCAGUGAGGCUCUUCGGGAAUUGUUUGCAGCUAUUCAUGACCGUCUUGCUGAUGCUGUCACUAAUCUUAAUGUUCCAACCUGGAGUGCACUUGUAAUAAAGGCUGUACCAGAUGCUGCACGAGUUGCAGCAUACCGAUUUGGGAUGUCUGUUCGUUUGCUGAGAAAUAUCUGCUUGUGGAAGGAUAUCCUAGCAUUGCCAGUUCUAGAACAGCUUGCUCUUGAUAUGCUUUUGAGUGGAAAGGUUCUCCCUCACAUGCGAAGUAUCCAAGCAAAUAUUCAUGAUGCUGUUACACGGACUGAGAGGAUCAUCUCAUCACUAAUUGGGGUUUGGGCAGGUCCUAGUGUCACUGGGGAGCGCAGCCAUAAGUUGCAACCAUUGGUGGAUUAUGUGCUGACACUUGGAAAGACACUGGAGAAAAAGCAUGUGUCUGGUGUGAAUGAGAGUGAGACUAGUGGGCUUGCUCGUCGAUUGAAAAAAAUGCUGGUUGAGCUCAACGAAUAUGACAGGGCGAGGCAAGUAUCCAGAACCUUUCAACUCAAAGAGGCACUUUAGAAACUUUUAUAUUUUUCAGUUGCAUAUUGGGACUGUGAAGAAGCCCUGGGAGGUUGGUUGAUAUGGUGGUUGGUCGAAUCCUCUCAGUGCCUUCCAACUGAAGAUGAUGGUUUAUAGUGAUCUUGUAACAGUAGUGCAAAGUACACACAUUAUUUUCUAUUUUACAAUUUUUGAAUGUAUAAUGAUGUCACUACUUCUGAUUAUCUUUUCUUUUUAAUAUCCAACUCCUCUCUUCCUUGGUGCCA